CUGUGCGAAUGGUGUAUUUAAGGAGGACUUAUGCCACUUUAGUAAUCAGUCAGUGAAAGAAGAUACGCACUUGGAAAGCAAAACAGAAAAAGGGAGAGAACUCCAGAAAAAGUUGCAGUUUAGAAAUGGCUACCAAAUGCUUUUCACCAUCACAUAAACAGACAACUAUAAACUACAGAAUCUGCUCUGAAAAUGAAUUCUACGAAGCAGACUUCCCAAAUACAAACCAGUUUGUACAGCAUAGUCCCAAGACAGCCUGCUGGUAUGAGGCCACUACUCCUGACAUCCCCAUUCAACCACUUCCUGCAAACAGCGAUGUGCACCAUGUGAGCCUCAAGUCUGCUGGUGAAGCUGUGAUCGCAGUCAUAAGGCUGGCACAACCACUUCAGCAAAGCAAAUGUUUCAGCGAUAAGGAUCUGCUUGGCCUGCUUUUGAAUUGUUUUGUGGAAGAGCCAGUCAAUUUCAUAAACUUUGAUGAAUACGAAUCAGAUUCAAAGCUAAGCUUCAAACAAACAGCUGUUGUAACAAGAAACAUCAGGGACACCGACCAAAAAUGUUUGGUGCUAAGAGAAGAAAGCAGAGCUCGUUUAAUUUCUGUCCAUCUGCAAGGUCUUGACAGUAAUCAAGAAGUGAAAAUCCACCUGUCUAUGUACAAAUCACGCAGUAUUAGCCGACAGCCCAUUGCUCUUGGGAUUGCUGGAACAAACUACUACUUGUCCGUCUCAGGAGAUGCCAGUAAUCCCAUUUUGCAGCUUGAGAAGGUUCAGUCUCCAGAUGACCUCAGAUACAUCAGCAGUGGAGAUAUGGUUCGUUUUAUUUUCUACAAGUCGGGUCAAGAUGCCUCCUCCAGGUUUGAGUCUGCAGCUUUCCCUGAGUGGUUUAUUGGUACCUCCCAGAGGACAGAGGAGGAAGUGCAGAUGGUCUGCAGGAGACAAGACAUGUUUACUACAUUUAUGAUGAUCUAGGCAUUGUUCUUCAAAACUCCAAAAGGCACAGCACUAAAAACCAAAACAAGUUCUGGUUUACAGAAAAUGUAUGUACAAAGUACAAAAGAUACAGCCAGUCUCACUACUAUGGCAGAGAUAAAUGUAUCUUAAUAAAUAAUAAAUGUACAGUUCAUAUUUAUGUAUUUAUACUAAGUGAAUAAUGUUUAUUAUUUUUGAUUUUUGUCUGUACAUCUGUUUGUGUAUAUAAGUAUGUGUCUAGAAUAAUCUAGAAUAUAAAUGCUAUCUGGUGGGCUAACUUUAAGGUCUUAUGGGAAGGCUGUAAUGCAUGGGUACAAAUAUGCAUGUAUACAUGCAUCUCCUCAACACCAACCUAAGAACUUUUUCUGAAGUCUUCAUUUCAGUUGCUACACCUGAAGCCAGCAGGAGAAGUCAGUACACAUGAGAGUAUAACUGUGCUUUAGCAUCACUGAAAACCUGCACGGGUAGCGGAGUGAAAAUACUCCCUCAAUGCACUACACCUGCAGCCUGAAUUCAGCUAGAGCUGCUACCAACUAAUCUGUCAUUUGUUUUUACUGCCAAACAUGGCAGAAUAAACCUCCUUAAGAAUAGACCAAGCCAUUCACAGAGGGGUUACAUUGAAAUAAGUGAUAUUCAGAAGGAAUAGGCCAGACAACAAGAGUAUUAUAGGGUAGAAAAUGUCUCUCUCUCUCUCUCUCUCUCACACACACACAAUAUAUAUAUAUAUAUAUAUAUAUAU